UACCAAACUUACAUAAAUGGUUUUGAAUAACCUUUCAUAGGAAUUGAUUGAUUAAAAAAAAAUUUAAAAAUAUAUCUAAAAAGCUAUGAUCUUCCAUUUUGUAUAUGCGUUAUUUUUAACGAUUUUUCUGGCAAAUUUUAAUUGUAUCGAUUGCCAUGAACGUGAUAAACACUUUAAUCGCACCCUUUUCGCCUUCCAUGACGUCAAACAAUGUGCUAAAAAUGAAUUUUUUGAUAUAAAUUAUUUUACCUGUGUUCCCUGCCAAGUACUGGGUGAAAAUUUGCAGCCUUCCAUUGAUAAAUUCACCUGCGCUUGUCGAAUGUCAUCGUUAUCGCCAACUGUAACCACCAUUUAUGAUACCGUUAAAACAUAUCGAACCUGUGGCAAUAUCUGCAACAAUACCCAAACGAAACUCGGUAAAAAUGUGACAAUUCUUACACCACAGUAUUGCCAAGCCAAGGAGGAGACUCUGCCCAAACUCAACUGUAAAUUUAAAUACAUAAAUCGCACACGUACCACGGCAGCAGUGGACUUUUCCAGAUCCAUUGAGAUGGCCAAUCUCAAUUGGCAGUACGACGGACAGUGUGAAAGAUGUGAUCUGCAGUAUAAUUUUCACUAUCAGGAUUAUUGUAUUGCUAAUGGGCUGCUGAGACCAUUUCUGAACUAUAAUUCCUUUUGGCAGGCGACAACACAACAUUUUGGAGACUUGAAGUUUGUUGCCUUCUUUUGUAUGGCUCUCAAUAAUAAUACCGCCUGUCAUCAUCUGGCCAAUCUUUGCGUUUUAUCAUUCUAUUCCUUCGAUAAGAAUUCGCCCUGUAGCAAAUUUUUACUGUCGCAAGCCACAGAUGUUGUCUAUCGUUAUGGCAGUGCAGAUGAACAGAUGUCGCAUCAGCAAAUCAAGCCAUUUCUCUACUAUCGGAAGGGCAAGGAUAUGGCAAAGGAGCUAAGGGAAACGAUAAAAGAUGUACGCUUUAGUUUGGAUGAACAUGACAAGCACCACAAUCGUUUGCAGUUUUUUAGUGUUUCUUACGCUUUAGACGGCACCCUACGGAGAUGGGGCAAUUUGAAGUUUGGCGAGUUGAUUUUAUGUCCUUACCUUGCAAGAGCUUCAACUGUUACCCAGGAUAAUUUCAUUGGAUUUGGCAAAAAGUAUGAUGUCAUCGAGUGCGAUUUGUCAUUGGCAUAUAUUUUGGAUUUGGCCAAAAUGUAUGGCAAUCAACGAUUUAUGAGUUUAUUUUUAAACUACACAAGGAAGGGUAAGGAACAAAUGCUGCUACACUCGGUACCCAUUUUGAUCGAGGAUAUAACAUUGGAAAAUAAGCGUCCCCAAAAAGAAGACUGGCAGCUGGUGAAACGUUUCCAAAUGAUUGAAAUUCAUCCACGCCAUGGCUCAAUAUCCUCCAAAGUUUCUCCUGCCUAUGAGGAUGAACACAAGCUUUUACUCUAUCGUUCUUUGCGUUAUGUGGAGAAAAUUCAGCUCCACUAUGAUAUUCACAGUGAUAAUCACAUUUCCAUACCGGUGCUGAAACUACGCUAUCGCCACAUCGAAUUCACAAAUAACACCACACUGGAAAUGCCUUUGAAAUUUCAGUUUAUCAUAAGCAAUGAUCGCAUUUCCCGGGACACAGUUCAUGCUGCUGAAUUGGUCAAUGAAAUUGCUUUGCCACUGCUGUUGCUUUUGGCACUGAUAGUUGCCUUUGUAAGGGCCAGAAAUACACGCAAGAGACGUUGUCCAUCCGGCACAAAUGACAAUGAAGAUUUUUGCCAUUUUGCAUAUUUCACAGAAUUUCUUUUGCAUUUGAUUUCCUAUAUGGCCUUGGCAUUCCUAUUGUGUUUUCUCCUGUGCAUAACCAUUAACUCUUUGACUUACCUCACACAAUCGACGCUGGAUUUCACAUUGCCGCUGAUAAGAGAUCAGCGCUCCUUGGAAUUGAUAAUAUAUGCAGCUUUGGUUUUGAAGUUGAUUUUCGUUAGCAUUUACUUUUGGCGUUUAUCGCAUUUCAACAUCUUCUUCAUUGACUGGGAGAGACCUCGAUGCGGCGACACAAAUCACUUCAAUGUGAAAAAUAAUCUUGAAACGUCUUCCGUUUGCUCCAGCGUGCGCACCUACAUCAGCGACUCCAAUGUUUCGGCAUGGCGUAGCAUUUUUCUGGCCAACGAGUGGUUACGUUUAAGUGGCAAACAAAAAACCUCAACCUUAUUGCAAUGCGUAAUCACCUAUGUGGUGGUAAAGUUUUUCAAUAUUUUGGCCAAGGCUGAAAAGGACAUAACUCUGGAGAUAUUCUUUGUCUCUUUGAUCUACUUGGCUGUCUAUGUCAGCCAGUAUUUACUGAAGAUGCUACUUUUGAUACGCAUAUGGGGCAAUCCGCUUAAAAAGUACACCGAUCACUGUUCCUUGGCCAAUAUCUCGGUGUUUGCUUUGGUAGAGCCCUCCUAUGGCUAUUACAUACAUGGUCGAUCACCACAUGGAUUUGCUGAUUCCGAUAUGACCACAAUGCUGAUGCAGUUGCAGCGUGAGACCCAUAGCAUAAGUGGUCGUCGAGGCUUGCUAAGUGACACGGAUCAGUGCUAUACUAUAAUGCCGCCAAAAAAUUUAAGCAAUUAUUUUGAUAAGCUGCUAUUACCAUAUCAGCGAUCGUUUGGUGGUGGCGCCGGAACAGCUAACUUUCAAAAAGAAGUCAACACUGUGGAGGGUUCAAUGGAGAAGACAUCGAUAGCUUAUACCAGUGUUAAUCGUUUCUUCUGUGCUUUUAUUGAUCAUGGUAUAAAAGACAUGGACUAUAUUAUAAAGGAGAAAACUUUUGUGGAAUCCCUUUUUAAUUGUGAAUUCGAGAAUUAUUUAACGGAUAAUAAAGGAACAUUUUACAUCGAUAAUUGUUAUUCUUUUGGCGAAAUGUUUCUCUACGGCAAUGAAUUGCAGAUAUUCAUUUUACAAUUUCUGUUAUUUCUCGCUGUGUAUUUAAUGUGCAAUUCUUUAUUGGCCACAGUUAUUGCGGUCUAUUUAUUUAAUAAGAUUGUCCAAUGGAUAUUUGUUGGUGCAGUUAUGGAGAAUUUAUCCACUAAGACCUUAAUAGAUAAACGAUUUCUAAUGUAAUCUCAUUUGAAUUUAAUAGAUAAUAAUUAGUAUUAAAUAACUAGCUAGACUGUAAU